AUGUCAUCAAGUCGAGAGGAAGGGCCUGUGUACUACCGUGAGAUACAGAAAAAUGCAUAUCUUAAAAGAAUACCAGAUGACUUCAACGGUGGAAAGCUGCGACCAUUGGUGCAUAAGAAGCCGCCUCUUAAGCCUAUGUGGACGUUAUUCUGUGUGCACAAUGGCAAAAUACCAUAUCUCGAACAGUAUCCACAGCAGGACUGUUCAUCAACUCACGCGCAUAGACCACUAUGGAGAGCCUGUCUUAAAACCACAAGACACGUGACAGCAAGUGUGAAGCCCCUCUGUGGGCAGGAGUAUGAUUUUUUGAUUGACACAGAUGUUGGACCAGUUAGAAUGCUCGCACCAGAUUGGGACGCAAUGCAAGACUGGGUAACGACACUAAGAAAUAAAUUGCACGAGUUACGAAUACUCUCUCGCGGCGAGAAUGUGUAUGGGGCGCCGCCAGUUGCCCCCAUGCCCCGUGCCGCAGCACGUGAUCCCAAUUCACCUUUGCCCCCUACUCCGCCCGUACCAGUUGAUAGGGUACCAGGCAUAGAGUUGGGGCCAAAUGUCCGUCCAGUAACCGAAAGUAGUACAGAAAAUACUACCACAAAUAGCAUAACAACUACUACACAUAUAAACCCAGAACCAGAGAAUCACAGAUGUAUAAAUAAUGUCACAUCAGUGACAGAUAAUGUUACAAAUGCCACAAACACAUCAGCACAGAGUGAAGCAACAAGGGAAACAUUGACAAAUGCGAGAAAUCUACUCACAGUCAACACGACCAAUGUCAAUUCCACACUAAAUGACAUUAAUGUCACAACGUCACUGACAAAUGUCAGAAACGCACUAAACAGUAUAGUGACGUCUGACAUUGACAUUUCGAAUUGGGAUGCUACACCAAGUACAAGUAGAGAAACAGAUAAUAAAACACGUGAUAAAAUUGAGUCCAAAAGCGUUGCCAAGAUCUGUGGUCAAAAUGUCUGUUUGGAUGAUUCAAUAUUGAAAAGGACAUCUCGGGGUAGUGAUGAUGAAUUUUUUGCUGAGCUUGAUAGGAUCAGUGACUCUGUUGAUGAUGACGAUUUUACAUAUACACAAAGAUUGAGAAUCAAUGAUGAUGAAAUUCCUGAUAGUUCAGAUAGCCAACAACGUUCUAAUAUCACAGUUAUACAAGUUUCAAACAAGGGUCCUCCACACACCGCCAUACCUGUACUAGGCCACGAAAGAAAUGUUUUCGACUUUAAUUUUAAACAAAAUCUACAAAUUAAACCCGAUUUCGUUAACAUAGUCAACACGGAACAAAAUGAUUAUGGAACGGUUUUUGAAAAAUCCGACUCGGAAUAUGGUCAUAUAAGCUUGACAACAACUGUCAAUGUCACUAGGCCUGAUGUUUCAUUGACAGAUGUCACUUCUGUUACAAAUGUCAGUGCGGUUGUCAGCGCUGUCACCAAUGGCUGUUCUGUGACCAAUGUCAAUGGUGACAACGAGCCAAAUGCUGUCUAUGAGAGGCUGUGUAUGGCGUCCACGUCGAACGCCUCCCCUUUACCUGUAAGGCGCUUACAAAACGUCGAUAAAGUCCGAAAAUCGUCAUUACCCAAUUUAGAUUUGUCGGAGUCCACAUAUGAAUGCUUAUUUCCUAGUCAAAUCAAUAGUUUAAAUAAUGCGGAGUUGAAUUCUAAAAAUGAUCAAAAUUCGUCUAAUAAGUCUAUAAUACCAAUUUCGAGGCCGAGUACAAACGUUUCAAGUGUUCCAAUUUUAAAUUCAAACAUAAACACAAAUGGCGGUUCUGUUGUUCCAAUUUCAAAUUGCAUUCCCAGCUCGAAUGUAUCCGGUCCUAUUUCAAUAUCUAAUUCAACUGUUCCAAAUUUAAACUCCUUUGUUUCGAAUGUUCGAAAUUCGAAUAACGCAGCUAGACCGAUCAUAGACUCUAAUGUAAGAGGGUUAAGGUCUAAUAUUGAAAGGUCACAUAGUCAGAAUGCAUAUGAUGUUGCACCUGGUGUUAGAGAGAGACGGAGAUUGCUGAAUAACAUUCCUAAGACGGAGACAAAAAAUGACAAACCGGAAACGACACAUCAAAAACCGAUAUGGCGGCGCGGUUUGACCGAGCUGUCAUUAUUGACAAGAUUGAAAAGUAUCAGCCUAAAACGUCAAGAGAGUCCCUCGAGACAGAAUAAUGAAAAUGACAGAUCUGUAACAUCUUCAGUGAAAGUGGUCCAUCGCUCGAGAGGAGAAACAAGAGUGGACAGCAGUAGGAGAAGAAGUAACUCUCUUAGCAAUGGUCAAGCCCCAAGGAUACCUCAAUCUCCCCCCACGCUCCUCCCCCUUCGGGCGCGUCAAGCAGCCUCCCUGCUGGCUGAGCAACGCCGCGGGGCGUGCGUAGCGACCACAGUUCCAGUUAGAGAUCCACCAUUGUUCUGUGAUUAUGAAAAGCAGAUUUGGGUGGCACGUUGGGGAGGGGCCGGAGUGCGUUGUGGGGGCCGCGUGGGGGACAGAUUGGCAGCGGUGGGGGGCACUCAGCCUACGUCGGCGCAACACGCGAGGCAACUCAUGAAAGGCUCUAAUAGACAUAUGGUAGACUUUCUAUUUCAUCGGGUGCCAUUAGGAAAAAUUUAUGUUAUAACCAAAAAGGACCACGAGAGUUUAGGUAUAAAACUAGACAGUGAAUGUACGAUUCAAUCAGUGGAUAGUGAUAGCCCUGCCUCUCGGGUCGGUCUACCGCCCGGUAAGUGGGCGGUCACUGAAGUCAAUAACCGGCCUGUUAACUUACUUAAGGGGGGAGAAGAAGAGAUGAAUAGACUGAGUGCGAGAGGGACAGAGGUAUCGAUUCUCAUUCAGCCGACUGCGUUAGUGAAAAAAUUGCGUGCAGCUGUGAAAGGCAGACCCUUGUUGGCUUUAAGAUAA